AUGUCUGCCGUCCAGGGAAAAUGCCACUGCGGUGCUGUUGAGUACACAGCUAAGCUUGGGGACAAGUCCCAUAUCCUCUGCCACUGUGACGCCUGCAAGCAUAUCAACGGCAGUGACUUCACUCUCAACCAGAUCGUUUCCAAGGAAGACCUCGAGAUAAAGAAGGGAGACCUAACCAAGUACACCUACAAAGGUGAUUCAGGCAACCCGGUCCACUGCUUCUUCUGCCCCACCUGCUCCACCCAUAUCUACCACCGUCAGACUGUGCUGGGAGACGACAAGUACAUCCUCCGCACGACGUCGGUGGAAGGAAACAAGGAGUGGCCGGCUUCAGUCCAGGUGUACUGCAAGGACAAGGCAAAAUGGCAGCCAGAGGUCGCGCCAAAGGUAUGCCAGGCUGGGCCGGAGUAG